GAAUUUCUGCCUUUGGGGAGUACUAAACCGUGAGAAACGUGGAUCCGGACUUAACAGCCGCCUGCGCAUUAGAAAGUUUGGGCAGUGAAUUCCCGCGCAUUACGAACGACCAUGUCGCGGCCACGUAUAUUGGUUUCAAACGAUGACGGUAUUAAUGCGCCAGGCAUUAAAGCUCUUGUCGGGGAGUUAGUCAAGGCUAAUUUUGCCGACGUCUAUGUUUGCGCUCCGUCGGGCGAACGCUCGGCUCAAUCACAUGCCAUUACGCUUGGUCGCUACCUCAGCUGUGUACCGGCUGAUCCCGUUCCGGGUGUUGUGGAGGCUUACGCUGUGGACGGAACGCCGGCUGACAGCGUCAUGCUAGCCCUGUGCAGCCCAGUCUUCCAAGACAUCACCUUUGACCUGGUGCUCAGCGGCAUCAACCGCGGUGACAACUGCGGCCUGCACGUCAUCUACAGCGGCACCGUAGGGGCGGCCAGGGAGGCGGCAUGCAAGGGCAUCCCCGCCAUGGCUCUCUCCCUGGACAACCACCUCGCACGCAAGCCGGACGACUACGCGCUCUCCGCCUCCCUCGCACUGCCCCUGGUGCGCGCCAUGCUGGGGCUGCUGCCGGGGCAGGCGGCGGCAGCGGCGCCAGCAGCGGAUGGGCAGCAGCAGGAAGGGCAGCCAGCCGGCCGGAGGCCCCCCGCUGCGAGCCUGCGGGGCGUGGUGGUGAACGUGAACUUCCCCAUCGGGCAGGGGCAGCUGCUGCAGGGGAUGUACCUGGCGAGGCAGAGCAUCGCCUGCGUGUUCCCGGCCUUCCGCGAGGUCCGCGAGGCGCCCGGACCCCACCUGGCGGAGAUUGACGAGCACACGCCCAACUCGCGCGUGUUCCGGAACUAUGCGGGCGUGGUGCAGGAGGACCAGGACGAGGGCGGAGACGCCUGGGCGCUGAAGAACGGCUGGAUCAGCGUCACGCCGCUCAGCCUGCUGAGCCACAUCCCCGACCAGCUGGACGCGCGCACCGGGUCUAUUCGCGGGGCGCUGUCGGAGGUGGUGACCCGGGCGGCAGCGGAGGCGGGCAUGGCCUGCGGGGGGGUUUCCAAGCUGUGAUGCACGACUGGCGGGCUGGCUUAUUGGGGGAUAUGAGGAGGGGUGGGGGUAUGUGUGGUAUGACGCGGACUGGGGGCGGGAGCAGCGGAGGAGGCGGUUCCGCCAUUCAAUCAUGCAUUGGAGGCAGACAGUGACUCUUGACAUGGGACGUACACUCGAAGCUUGACGUGACUCUGUAGUGACCGACCGAUGAGUACCCAUGACAUCGUUGUGUGACCGUUAGACAGUACGGAAGGGCGCUUGCUCGGUGCGCUUUUGACGUUUAUGACAACGACCGGACAUACCCCGAGUUACUUGUGGUGUAUUGGCUGUAUACGGCCCCUGUGUAAAUACUUUCCCCUGCCACUCAAACAGCGUUCACCGCCGGAGAGCGGGUAAUGUGACGCAGUGGCAGUAAUGCGUGGGGAGGAAACUCUUGUGCAUGUGGUUUGCAGACGGGAGACGGCCAUUGUCGUACCAUAUGCUACGGCGUGUGAG